AUGGUCCGAUACUCUCCCUUCUCUCGGGCUACGGUGGCCCUGCUGACGUGCCAGAGGGAUACAGGCCCUAUUGUUCGAGUGGGUCCCAAUCAGCUGUCGUUCGCAACCGUCGAAGCCCAGAAGAUGAUCUACAAUGCCAAGCCAACCCAUACCGGCUCCGAUGAGUUAUUUGGUCGAGAGGGAACCCUACAGGAUGUGCUGCUCUCGAUGAUACUAGGAGCCGCCAACAUCGGGUCACUCUCGAACCGAGCUGAGCAUAAGAAGAUGCGGAAGCGUUUACAGCCUGGUUUUACGUCCAAGGCGCUUUUCGAACAGGAAUCCCUGCUGCGCCUGCACAUGGACCGCCUGUUGGAACGACUUGCGCAAGACACAGGUGUGAUCGAUUUGACUGAAUAUUUUUCGACGUUCCUCUGGGACCUUAUUGGGGAUCUUUCAUUCGGGGAACCUCUAACACGUUGCGGUCGCUGGUUGCGCUAUACCAAGGGUGUUUUCCCAUCCUGGAAGCUAUCAAUUAUGCCGUUCCGCAAAUUGAAGGAGUCCUUAGGCUGGCUAUGCAGCUGGUGCCCACAGCGACUCUGCGCGCGGUCCUGCCCUCUGCCACAUUCAGGGAGUAUGACCAUCCUGCUAUUAUUUCUCACACACAUCAUUCCCGCGGUGAUUCUCACUCCAGAAGUUCAACAUGGCUGGAAGAUGUGCAGCAGUUUUUGUGAUAUCAAGGCGCCGCUGACUGGGGGCAUCUUUUCUAGUUGUAUUGACCGACAGGAUGGCCGAUCAGAUUUUAUCACGCACAUCACAGGCGACAAAAGCAGGAACCCCACAGAACUAGAGUUAAGCUAUGAGGAAUUGCAUAGUAACGCGACCGUCAUACUGAUCGCCGGCUACAAGACAACAGAGACAUCCCUCUCCGCGCUUUUCUACCGACUGCUGUCGACCCCAGGAGUGCUCAAGAAGCUCCAGAGCGAACUUUUCCGCAACUUUCCGAGCAUUGACGAGAUCACGGGGAAGAAGCUGCUCUCGCUGCCCUAUCUGAACGGGUGUGUCAACGAGUCGCUCCGUCUCACGCCCCCAGUGGCGGGCAAGUUUGCGUCCCGUCGGUCUCCGGGAGCAAUCAUCGAAGGGUUCUACGUCCCGAAAGGGACAGAAGUGUUUACGGAGACGUACACCAUGCAGCGGAGUCCCCAGUACUGGCACGCCCCGGACGAGUACCGUCCGGAGCGCUGGGUGGAACGGGGCGAGGGCAGUCCCUAUGCGCAGGAUGUGCACGAGGCCUUCAAGCCAUUUAGCUCGGGCCCUCGAGCGUGCCUUGGAAGGGAAAUGGCCCUCCAGACUCUCCGAUUGACAACAGCGCUGCUGGUAUACCGCUUCCAUAUGAAGAUAGUCGACGAGAAACGGUUUGUGUGGGAGCAGGAUACUGACUCCAGAAUGAUAUACUCUCAAUAUCAGAUAAAGGCCAUUCUGCAAGACCGCCUGACUUAG